CACACUUAAAAAUGCAAAGCAAACAAACAGUUUUCACUCGAAUUAAAGGAUUUGCUGUCAAGCGUUUGAAAGGAAAACUCACUGAGAACUCCUAAAGUAAACCCAGAAAUGAAACCCGCUGGGAUUCCGCCGAGCGAGCGGCGACUGGCCUUCGUGGCCGAGUGGUACCACGCGGAGGCCGGGAUCAUCCGCACUUUCCUGAUCACUUACUAUGUUUCCGACAAGGCGGUGGAAGUGUUUGACCAGCGGAAUAAGCGCACCUUCCUGCGGCGCACCAAGAUUCCGGAGUUGACACAACGCGACUUCUUCGUGGGCUCCAAGAUCAAUGUGUUUGGCCGGCAAUUCGACAUUGUGGACUAUGCAGACGACACCACGCGCACUAAUUUGGCCAGAUACCGCAAGAAGGGCUUCGUGCUGCUCAAGAACAAUAUGUGGACCAAGCACCUGGGCAAAUUCCUCAAGACGCUGAUCGACAACAAGAUCAACAUAAACCAGGGCAUGAUGGUGCAGUUCUCCCCCAAGAUGGUCACCCAAUUCCUGUCCGGCAAGGACAAAACAGAUGUCUCCUCCUCAGUGCUGAUGAACGAGCUGCUGGCGGGUCCGGCCAUUAGCCUGGAGCUGAUUGGCGACAAUGUGGUGGAGACCAUUAAGGCCUGCGCCCGCUACAAGAGCUCCGAGCUGGAGGCUCCCAAUGUGAAGCUGUCACCGAGUUUGAAGGAGCUGUGCGAGAGCGAGGAGAUCCGGUAUGGCUUCUACUAUUCCGACAACGACGACGAUGUGGACAUGGACCUCAAGUUCUUCUUUGAGGCGCGGCACAGCAUCAUCAAGGAUUGUGUGUUUAAGAACACCACGCUGGCCAUCAUCAAGCCGCACAGCAUCAAGGAUGGUCUCCUGGGCGACAUCAUUGCCGAGAUCCUGGCCAACGGCUUUCGUUUGACCGCCAUGCGCAUGAUCCUGAUGGCGCGCAUCAAUUGCGAGGAGUUCUACGAGGUCUACCGCGGCGUCCUGCCCGAGUAUAUCCCCAUGGUGGCCCAGCUGGCCAGCGGAGUGUGCAUGUGCAUGGAGAUAGCUUGCGCCGAUCCCGAAAUGAACGCGAAUCUCGAAUUCCGUAACUUCUGCGGACCCAUGGAUCCCGAGAUCGCCAAGCUGCUGCGACCGCACACGCUGCGCGCCAAGUUCGGCAAGUCCAAGGUGCAGAACGCCGUCCACUGCACCGAUCUGCCGGAAGACUCCAACCUGGAGCUGCAGUACAUUUUCAAGAUAAUAGACUGA